UCGAGACGUGCGAGAGCGCGUCGCGGCUCCGCGUACCGGCUAUUCCGUCGAGCUGCCGCGCUCGUGGAGUACACCGGUGUCUCGAGCAUGCGAUGCGGCGAAUAAGCCCGCUUUAGAGCAUACUUUCGAGCUGACACGCUUUGCAGUGAGCGUCGUGCGUUAAACAGACAACAAGGAAGCCGAGGGUCUCCGCGUCAGUCAGUCUGUCUGUCCGUCUCGUUUGAAAUACGUGCUGUGGGAAUCCAACGAGAGGAGUCGAAACGCUGCGCGUGAGGCCGCCAAGAGGACAUCUCGAGCCACGUCGAGUCACCAGUGUCGAUUAAUCCGCAUCACAGAGGCGUGCACAUACACCCUUCCUCCCUCCGAGAGGGCGUAAAGUCGAUCGGCAGUGACCGGAUAGUGCCGCCAUCAUGAUCGUGGACGACAAACAAGAAAUGGAAGGUUUCUGGAUCAGCAGCGCGAUCCACGCGAUCAAGGCGCUUUCAUAUGUGUACGACCUGCUGACGUUCCCUGUGUACCUUAUAUUGCAACGACCCUGGGAGAAGCGCAAGGCCUCUAGGAGGAUCAAGGCCCGACCGAUCUCCAAAGAUGACACCACUAUCACCUACAGAAGCGUCGACCCCCCGGGGCCGAUACACAUCAUGCUCGAGCGCGAAAAGAUCGAGACUCUGGAGAAGAUGUUCCACUGGGUCGUUAAGAUGCACAGCGACAAGAAGUGUCUCGGCACCAGGCAGAUCUUGGCUGAGGAAGAUGAGGUUCAAUCUAACGGCAGAAUCUUCAAGAAGUAUAAAAUGGGAGAGUACAAGUGGAAAACGUAUCAAGAAGUCGAUAGAUUGGCCUCAUCCUUUGGUCGGGGUUUGGCAGAGCUGGGUAUGAGGCCGCGCAAGAACAUCGUCAUCUUCGCCGAGACCAGAGCGGAAUGGAUGAUUGCGGCACACGCGUGCUUCAAGCAGAACUUCACGGUGGUGACGAUCUACUCGACUCUAGGUAACGAGGCUAUCGCUCAUGGUAUCAAUGAAACCGAGGUGGACACUGUCAUUACGAGUCAUGAACUCUUGCCAAAGUUCAAACUGCUACUGGAUAUGGUACCAGCUAUCAAAAAAAUUAUUUAUAUGGAGGACCAACUCAAGCCGACUGAUACGAAAGGGUAUAAGGCCGGCGUGCAAUUAGUACCUUUCUCUGAUGUCAUCAAGAUGGGCAACGAGUCGAGCAGGAGCGCAGAACCGCCGAAGGGCAACGACAUCGCUAUAAUUAUGUACACGUCAGGUUCAACGGGAGUGCCGAAAGGCGUCCUGCUAUCACACAAGAACAUACUCGGCACCCUGAAAGCAUUCUGCGAUGCAGUAGAGAUCAAGCCAGAUGAUAUUUUACUCGCUUUCUUACCACUGGCGCAUGUUUUCGAGCUUCUGGCCGAAAGUGUGUGUCUUUUAACCGGUGUGUCCAUCGGUUACAGCACGCCGCUCACGUUGAUCGAUUCUAGCAGCAAGAUUCAGAAAGGAUCGAAGGGUGACGCUUCCGUCCUGCGUCCAACUUGUUUAACUGCCGUACCGCUUAUCCUCGACCGCAUUUCCAAAGGAAUAAACGAAAAAGUGAAGAAAUCUGGUCCGUUUAGGCAAGCAAUCUUCAAUUUCGCAUAUGAGUACAAACUAAAAUGGACGAAACGCGGAUACGAGACGCCCUUGUUCGACAAGUACAUCUUUGGACACGCCAAACAAGUACUUGGCGGUCGCGUCAGGCUUGUUCUUUCCGGAGGUGCCCCACUCAGUCCCGACACUCAUAAUCAAGUCAAACUCUGCCUGUGUGUCACCGUGACGCAAGGAUAUGGUCUUACGGAAACUACUUCUUGCGCAACUGUCAUGGAUGAAUUUGACAGAAGUACGGGACGUGUUGGAGCACCCACCACAGUGUGCGACAUCCGACUAGAAAAUUGGGAAGAAGCUGGUUAUCGAGUCACAGAUUAUCCACACCCCAGAGGUGAAAUCUUGAUCGGUGGUGACAUCGUUUCAACUGGUUACUACAAACUGUCGGAGAAGACAAAAGAGGACUUCUUUCAAGAGGAUGGAAAGCAGUGGUUCCGAACAGGCGAUGUUGGCGAGUUUCAUGCGGACGGUUCUAUGAAGAUUAUUGACCGCAAGAAGGACUUGGUGAAACUGCAACUCGGCGAAUACGUUUCCUUGGGCAAAGUCGAAGCCGAGUUGAAGACAUGCCCGGUCGUGGAGAACAUCUGCGUCUACGGAGAUGCGAAUAAGGCGUACACAGUGGCAUUGGUUGUGCCUAAUCAGUACUAUCUGGAGGAGAUCGCAAAUAGUUUAGGUAUAACCGAAAAAAACCGGACAGCACUUUGCAAUGAUCCAAACAUCGAGAAAGCGGUACUUCAAGAGCUUGUGGCACAGUCGCAGAAAUGUAAUUUGCAACGAUUCGAGAUACCUGGCGCUGUAAAGCUGUGCGCGGAGCAAUGGUCGCCCGAUAUGGGCUUGGUGACGGCGGCGUUCAAACUCAAGAGGAAAGCGGUGCAGGAGCGUUAUCAGCACGAAAUCAACCGGAUGUACGCUUCGUGAUGCUCCGCCAUAGGAUGCACAAAGUGCUGCGCGUAACGGGGAUCGAAAACUAGGAAAUAAAAUCACCUCGUCCGGCAGACGGUACCUCGAUAAUCCUCAGAUACAGAAAAGUUUGUCGUAAGCUCAUGCCGCACGUCGAUUACGGGGCACAAUCGCGAUCGGAAUGUCGUGAUGAUGGUGAUGGUGGUGGGCAUCAAAUCGUAAAGGACAAUUCCGAUUAUUCGGCAAACGCGAUCGGCGGCUAGCCGCCGAUACGGAAGUCAAAAUAGAGCCGGGAAAAUAAUGAGAUGUCACACUACAUUCGCGCCGAUACGGAGAUGCGUCGCGAAAUCUUACGAUCUGCAAAAUGAAAGUAUCGCCUCGCAUUUCUUCGUUGGGUCUUCCGAGCGCGGCUAAUUUUUCUUCGCAUUUUUAUCGAUACCGACUAUCCGUUACACGCGACUCGAAUGAACGCGGCUUCGUGCAGCGGGCGAGCGAGUGAGCGAGCGAUCGCGGAGCCGCAGCGGAAUAGUAUUGCGCACAUCACUGAGCAUCAAUUUUGUGUGCGCAUUGUCGAGCGAGCAGAUCGAUAUGAUAAACUUACCGUUGCGACACCCGCGCAACAUCGGCGAGAAACAAGUAAAUAGUGCAAGACGACUGUCUCUUUGUCGGGAAAAUCGCAGUCGUCCUAUUUUUCCUCUCACCGCCCCUUCUGCCUGCCAUCCCCCCAUCUUACCUUUAAUAUUGUUUUUUUCUAUUAGAUCAAUCAUUUCGUCGUGUUUGCGUAUCGCGGUGUUAGCGUCCUUGCCUUAAUCGUAGUCAACGGCCAGUCAACGGUAUCUUCGCGAACGAGCUAAUUUGCGCAAGUUUAUAACUCGUACGGUGUACUUAUUUCGAGUAUUAUUCAAAAUCUUCGAGUUCUCAAUCACCAGGAAAAAAUAAUCGCAAAAGCUUCUCAUUUACGUACGAUUGAUAUAAUGUAUAUGUAUAAAGAAGUGAAUGACAAGGUUUGUGUUUGAAUAACACAUAGGUAAAUUCGCGACAGUUUCUCAUUGAGAUGAAUUUGUUAUAUAAAUUAUAUGAAAUUUACUCGAUAUUCUUAUCACUUAGCAUUACACUCUGUCUUAUACUGUCUAUGUAAGUAUUCGUCGAGAUAUAUUCUGCCUACUUUUUCGAAAUGUUAAUUCAGACAUCACAAAUAUUUCUCCUAGCAGCAGAAUUGUAUUUUUGUGUAUGUAUGUAUACAUGGAUGAAUGUGCAUAAGCGUGCAUGACCGUUUAAUUAUUGUAUGCUUGCAUACAAUAUGUCCAUAAGAAGAUUAGGAGGUACAGAGAUAUGUGAACUUUUAUGGAAGAAAGAUGAAAACCAUUAAGUUUACAAGUCUAUAAUUGUUCUAUACUUUUAGUUUCCUGCGCUCGCGUCUCCACCGGCUCGAAAUUGUACGGGAGUAGGCUUAUUCUGACACGUGAUGUAAAGGUAGCAUGCAGUUUAUAUUUUUUGAGAUAUUAAUAUCUCGGGAUAUAAAUAUCUUCUUAUGUUGUCGCACGUACAAGUAAACUUUAAUAAACGAUCGAAGAUUGUUUUAUAAAAUUCGCUAUUUUGCAUGUGUGACUCAUUUCUGAGAAAUUCAUCGUUAUUAUAUAUAAUCUAUUAUAUAAUAUGAUAUAUGUAAUCUAUAUUAUAUAUAAUUAUAUAUAAUAUCAUAUACAAGCGCAAUAUUAAAAUGUGUGCCGAUACAAUCCCCUGUGUUAGGAAUAGCUUACUCGCUAUUCGUCUCGCGAUUUGUACGUUUUCGAGACGUACGCGAGUCGGCGGAGGAGACGACGCACGAUGUUACGGAAACUUGCGCGGCGCAUAAUCGUGAAUAGUGAUUCUGUUUAUAAUAUAUAUAUUUAACAUACAGAUGUAGGAGCUUAAAUAUUUUUUUUGUAUUCUUCUGUUUCGUGUUGCGAGACACCAAGUGUAAUUAAGCGAGCGAGAGUUUUAAACAGUAGGAGCUAACACGAGGAGGUGUCAUCGGUGGCAGCUCACACUCCCUUCUUCAUUCGCCACGAGAGUUCCUGCGAUAUCUAAGUGUACGAGAGAGUCGGUACUAAUUUUUAUCAAUUACAUUAAGCGCUGUACAUUACUUAGAUAGGCAUGGUCAAUUGUCAGGUGUUAUGGCAUCACGAUAUACAAUUAUUAUUAAUAUCAAUAACAUUAUUAUCAUUUAAAAAUAAUAAUUUACAGAAUAAAUGUACAAAUCCACAUGUC